AUGGCGGCUGUCGCGACUCGAAAAUGCAAUGGCGUGGACUGCCCAAAUGACGCUGGCACACUCCAGUGUCCGACGUGUCUGAAAAUGGGCACAGACAGUUUCUUCUGCUCACAAGACUGCUUCAAGAGAAGCUGGAGCGAGCAUAAGAACAUCCACAAGAAGAGUAAUCUCCUCACCAACCUCUUUCCUCCAAAAGUAGUUUCUGAACCUGAUCCAGCCACCGGUCACUUCAACCCGUUCCCUUCGUUCCAAUAUAGCGGCGCCCUCCGACCUGUCUAUCCGCUUUCGCCCAAGCGUACCGUUCCUCAAUCCAUUCCUCAUCCCGACUAUGCCAAGGGCGGCAUUCCCAUUUCCGAACAAAAGCUGUGGGGACAGCAUAAGAUCAAGAUCCUGAACAAGGAAGAACAGGAGGGGAUGCGCGUUGUGUGCCGUCUUGCUCGUGAGGUUCUUGAUAUUGCCGCGCGUGCGCUCAAGCCUGGUGUUACUACCGAUUAUAUUGACGAGGUUGUCCAUAAGGCCUGCGUCGAGCGCGAUUCUUAUCCAUCCCCCUUAAACUACAUGCACUUCCCUAAAUCCGUAUGCACGUCCGUCAACGAGACCAUCUGCCACGGUAUUCCUGAUCAACGGCCGCUGGAGGACGGUGAUAUUGUCAACAUCGAUGUGACACUUUACCAUAAGGGCUUCCAUGGUGACAUUAAUGAGACCUACUACGUCGGCGACAAGGCUCUCGCAAACCCAGAGGCUGUUCGCGUCGUGGAAACCGCCCGAGAAUGUUUGGAGAAAUCGAUCGAGCUAGUUAAGCCGGGCAUGCUGUUCCGCGAUCCCGGAAAUGUGAUUGAAAAGCACGCCAAAUCUCGUGACUGCAGCGUGGUUAAGACCUACUGCGGUCAUGGUAUCAAUCAACUCUUCCACUGCGCUCCCAAUGUUCCUCAUUAUGCCAAGAACAAAGCUGUCGGCACAGCCAAGCCUGGCAUGUGCUUUACAAUCGAGCCUAUGAUCAACAUUGGCACUCACCGUGAUCGCACCUGGCCGGACGACUGGACUAGUACCACCGCCGACGGCUCGCUGUCGGCCCAAUUUGAGCACACUAUGUUGGUGACGGAGGAUGGCGUGGAAGUCCUUACAGCCCGUUUGUCGGACUCACCGGGAGGUCCUGUGCCCAUGCCGUCCACAGAAAAUGGCAACUAA